AUGUUACGAGAUAGAUUACGAGAUAAACUAAGAGAUAUGUUACGAGAUAGAUUACGAGAUAUGUUACGAGAUGGACUACGAGAUAUGUUACGAGAUAGAUUACGAAAUAUGUUACGAGAUAGACUACGAGAUAUGUUACGAGAUAGAUUACGAGAUAUGUUACGAGAUAUAUUACGAGAUAUGUUACGAGAUAGAUUACGAGAUAAACUAAGAGAUAUGUUACGAGAUAGAUUACGAGAUAUGUUACGAGAUAGACUACGAUAUAUGUUACGAGAUAGAUUACGAGAUAGACUACGAGAUAGACUACGAGAUAGACUACGAGAUAUGUUACGAGAUAGAUUACGAGAUAUGUUACGAGAUAGAUUACGAGAUAUGUUACGAGAUGGACUACGAGAUAUGUUACGAGAUAGACUACGAAAUAUGGUACGAGAUACGUUACGAGAUAGAUUACGAGAUAGAUUACGAGAUAGAUUACGAGAUAGACUACGAGAUAGACUACGAGAUAUGUUACGAGAUAGAUUACGAGAUAUGUUACGAGAUAGAUUACGAGAUAUGUUACGAGAUAGAUUACGAGAUAGAUUACGAGGUGGACUACGAGAUAUGUUACGAGAUAGAUUACGAAAUAUGGUACGAGAUACGUUACGAGAUAUGUUACGAGAGAGAUUACGAGAUAGAUUACGAGAUAGAUUACGAGAUAGACUACGAGAUAGAUUACGAGAUAGAUUACGAGAUAUGUUACGAGAUAGAUUACGAGAUAGACUACGAGAUAUGUUACGAGAUAGAUUACGAGAUAUGUUACGAGAUGGACUACGAGAUAUGUUACGAGAUAGACUACGAAUCUUGGCAAGCCUCGUGUCUGGCAACUAG